CGCGACUCCUACCGCCGCGCGGAGCUGCUGCUGCCGCACGGCCACGGCCUGGACGCCUCGGCGCUGGCCGACAACCUGGGGCUGCACGACAUGGCGCACCAGAUGGAGGAGGUGCAGAAUGUGGAGGAUCAACACUUGUUAAUGCAUGACCAGACAGUCAUUAGGAAAGGUCCCAUUUCCUUAACGAAAAACAGUGCUCUGAGUCUCCCCUGCCAGAAGGAUGGAUUAAUCGGCGUGGUCAUAAACCCCAACGAGGUGUUCUGCUCCGUGCCGGGGCGGCUCUCCCUGCUCAGCUCCACGUCCAAGUACAAAGUGACGGUGGCCGAGGUUCAGCGCCGGCUCUCGCCCCCGGAGUGCCUCAACGCGUCGCUGCUGGGGGGAGUGCUGCGGAGGGAGGCAGGAGCCAAAUCUAAAAAUGGUGGCAGAUCAUUACGGGAAAAACUGGAUAAAAUUGGCUUGAAUCUUCCAGCUGGUAGAAGGAAAGCUGCAAAUGUGACAUUAUUGACAUCUUUGGUGGAAGGUGAAGCUGUGCAUCUUGCUCGUGACUUUGGUUAUGUAUGCGAGACAGAGUUUCCAUCCAAAGCAGUGGCUGAAUAUUUAACUCGACCGCACAUGGGCCGCAAUGAAAUGGCAAACAGGAAGAACAUGCUUCUUGCUGCAAAGCAGAUCUGUAAGGAAUUCACCGACCUCCUCACUCAGGACCGAACUCCUCUGGGCAACACGCGCCCCAGCCCCAUCUUGGACCCUGGCAUCCAGGGCUGCUUGACUCAUUUUAGCCUCAUCACACAUGGCUUUGGGAGCGCUGCCAUCUGCGCUGCCAUGACAUCCGUCCAGAACUACCUAAAUGAAGCGUUAAAAAUAGCAGACAAAACGUACAUGAACGCUGGCGACCAGAGCCCCGCAGAGACCAACAAACCCCUGGAUAAAAUGGACAAGCACAGGAAGUAAAAGCGGAGACACCAGACUUUAAACGCUCCUCCUAAG